UACUAUUUAAUAAAUAUGUUAUCGUAUUUGGUUAAUGUUAUAAGCCGCAGUUAGUCAAAUAAUGACGAUCUCGUAUUUUUCGUUGUGUUGUGCUUUUUUCGUUUGCAGCUUAGUGGUUAAGCUUGAAUAUUCAGACACCGAAAAGGUUCUGCAUUCUAUCUUACCAAAACUACAACCCGAGGAAUUACCCGACGUGGAUGACGAAUUUGGCGAGAAGAAACAUCACUAUUUCACAAAUUAUGUCCAGAACCUUUAUAAAGAAAUUUCUUUGAGCGAUAAAGAUAAAUCAGUGCAUGUUUCAAAUGAUAGAACAUUUACUGAUGAUCAGAAGGACUUAGCUAGUGUCCAUAUUCUUCAAGAAAACAAUUUUAACCAGAAAAAUCUUCAGUUUGACAUUUCAAGUCUGCCACGAAAUAUUGACGUUUCUCUUGCUGAAAUCGUUACGCAACAAAACAAUGCUGAUAAGAUGUCAAAGAAAAUACCAGACGUUACUGAAGACUAUAACAUAAAAGACGUGACGAAAGAUUUUCAAGUUUUCUACAGUUCUGGAACUACUUUGUUUGAAGUGGGACUUGAUAAAGAAAUUCGGAAACAAGCCAAUAUGAAUGCACAAUUAGUACUUUUUAAAAACGUCAACAAGACUCAACUAUCUUCACUUCGAUUACGACAUAGAAGAAACGUACAAGAUUUCUUGGAAGAACAGGAUUUAGGUGUAAUCACAACCGAUUCGUUUUGUUCAGUAGAACCAUGGAUUGUAGAUUUUAGUGAACUUGGUUGGCAAAGUUGGUUGUGGGCACCUUCUUCAUAUCAUGCAAAUUCGUGUUCCGGCAGCUGUAGCUUUCUCAACAGUAAUAACACAAUUUCCUUUCAUGCUAUUAUCAAACAACAUUAUUAUAGAUAUCCUUAUUUUCAGGAGAGUUCAACUGAACAUUUGGACUUGUCCACUUAUUGCGUACCAGCUUCAUACGAAGCACUGACAAUCACUUAUAUAACAAAGCAAAAAAUGAUUUCUAUGAGACAGAUUCCAAAAAUGAAAGUAACGUCGUGUAUGUGCGCUUAAAACUUUUCUGUUGACAGUGAUAUUCCGGGAAUGAACGAGCUUCACAUUGGCUUUGAAACGGUUUGUUUAUAAUUGAUGUCAUUUUUUUUAGGACGAGAAGUUGUUAAGAAUUAAGAACAGCGCUUUACUUGAAAAUCAGAUGUUAGAAUCCAAUAUUAAAUAUAAAUAGUUUCAUUCGAUAUUUGAUAAUGAAUAAAACAAAUACAGAAAUGUUUAUAUCGACAUAGAAAAUGGCAGAAAAAUGAUUAAACAGUCAGAGUAAAAUAUGAUUAAACAGUCAGAGUUAAAUAUGAUUAAACAG